AUGAAUAAUCAUGUUAAAAGAAAAACCUCAAAAACAAUAAAUAAUGAUAUUAAUAAUUCACCGACCUCAACGAUAAGGUCGAAAUUUUCUUUACCCUUAAGAAAAUCUAGUCCAAAUAUAAGUCGACCAAAAUCUGACACUUCUAUUCCAAAUCUCACUUUUGGUCAUCCACCGAAAAGUACAUCCACAACAAAUAGUGAACAAACGAUAGAAAAUCAAUCAACAUCACAUCGAUCAAACACAACGCCGCUUUAUAUAGGCAGAUGUCCUUCCACUCCAACACUACGUAAUUUUCAUCCCUCAUCCAAAAAUGAUUUACCUUCGAUUAAAGAUGACUCAAUAACAACUCCUUCAGUUUCACCUUCUAACUCGUCAAUAUCUUCAUCUGAUACGACAAAUGAGGAUGAGUAUGAAGCUCCUCUUGAUAUAACAACUUUUCUCGCUGCUCCUCGUCUCACUCAACGUGUUCGUCUAAAAAGUGGCCGUGUAUUAAGUUUUUCUGAGGUUGGAGAUCGUAAUGGUUUCCCUGUAUUCGUAUUUCUUGGGAUGGGUUGUGUACGUUACUUUAUUGCUUUUUUCGAUGAUCUCGCAUCAAGUUAUGGUCUAAGAUUAAUUUGUCCUGAUCGACCGGGUGUGGGACUAUCCGAUAAUGUGAAAGUUGAGGAACAGCAAGUGUUAAAAUGGCCAGUCACACUUGAUGAUAUUCACACCGAGAAAAUUCUCGUGCGAUUGGUAGAGGUAAUUGAAGAACUAUGUGAUAUAAUGAGCAUCAAUAAAUUCUUUAUAAUGGCACAUAGUGCUGGUGCACCUUAUGCACUUGCUUGUGCAUUGAAAAUGCCUGAACGAUUACAAGGUACCGUCUACCUCGUAUGUCCUUGGGUGAGCACAGCAGUUGCCAAUAAUUUCAAAUGGCUACGAUAUGUUCCAACUCCAAUUAUGAAAUUUACAAACACCGCCGGAAUAUCAUUACAACAAAUGCUUUACGGUCGACAACCAUACGCUACUAAAACGUCAUCACAUCGAAGUUCAGGUGCACUAGCAUCUCCAUUAUCAAGCCUCGAUAAGAAACAACGACUAGGCCUCGCGAUCCUAAAAGCUUCCUUUGCGGAAAACCUUGCCGGUGCUAACAAUGAUCUAUUGAUGUGUUUCGAACGACGUCAUGCUUUUGGUUUCUCUUAUACGGACAUAAAUCAUCCGGUGCACGUUUUCCAUGGCACAAAAGAUGAGCGGAUUCCCGUGUCGGCAGUUAAAUGGAUGAAAGACGAAAUGCCUCAAUGUAAAUUAACAUUGAUUCCAGGUGGAAAGCAUUCGUUGCUGUUACGUGCUGAAGUAGUUGACACGAUAUUCAAAUCGAUUGCUGUCCAAUUACACGUAGAAGAUGAAUGCAGAAAAUCAUCAAAUCGACGACGAAGUCUACCACUAAAAAUCAGAAAUUCCAAAAGUCUUAAAUUUAAUUCAAGAAAGUCAACCGGAAAAGUUGAUGAUCUUGUAAUGUCAACUGGAAAAUCAGAGGAGAAUCAGGUGCCAAAAAUUGGCGAAAAAUUAGUCUCUGUAUAUAAUUGUUUUUGA